ACAAUAGCAGAAUGAGUGGUGAGACAGGAGCCGGGAAACCCCUGAAGGUGGGCUCACGUGUGGAAGUUAUCGGGAAGGGGCACCGGGGCACUGUUGCUUAUGUGGGUGCCACUAUGUUUGCCUCUGGGAAAUGGGUUGGAGUGAUUCUGGAUGACGCCAAGGGUAAAAAUGAUGGAACAGUGCAAGGCAAGAGAUACUUCACCUGUGAGGAGAGUCAUGGCAUCUUCGUACGCCAGUCGCAGAUCCAGCUCGUCGAGGAUGGCGCUGACACCACUUCCCCUGAUACCCCACAGGAACCAUUGUCUUCAAAGCUUCCCAAGCGAGAGAUGACUGAGACUCCUAAAAGCAGCAAACUGCCGAGCCGGUCUGCGAAUUCAGCGUCGAGCGCGACAUCGGCUACUCCAUCACCAUCUGCUGCUGAGAUGAGCAGCAGUGAGCCCAGCACUCCAGCACAGACUCCAAUCGCUGCCCCUAUCAUCCCCACACCAACAUCUGGACUGCCAUUACCUCAGGCCCUUCCUCUGCUGUCUCCAAAGGAGGAGGAGAAUCUCCGGAGCCAGGUGAAGGAUCUUGAAGAAAAACUGGAGACGUUAAAAAUGAAGAGAAAUGAAGACAGAGCCAAGUUGAAGGAGCUGGAGAAAUUCCGGAUUCAAUUUGAACAACUGCAGGAAUGGAAGCUGAAGAUGCAGGAGCAGCAGAAUGAGCUGCAGCGGCAACUCAAAGAAGCCAAAAAGGAAGCAAAGGAUGCUCUUGAAGCCCGAGACCAUUACAUGGAGGAGAUGGCUGAUACAGCCGAUGCCAUUGAGAUGGCGACUCUUGACAAAGAGAUGGCAGAGGAGCGAGCAGAAUCUCUCCAACAAGAAGUGGAUAGUCUGAAGGAGAAGGUCGAGGAGUUAACGAUGGACCUCGAGAUCCUGAAGCAUGAGAUUGAAGAGAAAGGAACUGAUGGGGCUGCUUCCAGUUACCACGUCAAACAGCUGGAGGAACAGAAUGCCCGGCUCAAGGAGGCUCUCGUCAGAAUGCGCGAUCUGUCUGCCUCAGAGAAGCAGGAACACAGCAAGCUGCAGAAAGUGACGGAGAAGAAAAGCAGUGAACUGGAUAGCCUGAGACAGCAGAGGGAGAAAAUGCUCGAGGAGAUGAAACAAGCUGAAAAGACCAUCGACGAGUUGAAAGAGCAGGUUGAUGCUGCGUUGGGAGCAGAGGAAAUGGUGGAGACAUUGACAGAACGGAACCUGGAUCUGGAGGAGAAAGUGCGGGAGUUCCGGGAGACAGUCAGUGACCUGGAAGCCAUUAAUGAAAUGAAUGACGAGUUGCAGGAGAAUUCCCGGGAAACGGAGCUGGAGUUGCGGGAACAGCUGGAUCUGGGAGCAGCCAGAGUUCGGGAAGCAGAGAAACGAGUGGAAGCUGCUCAGGAAACAGUGGCUGAUUAUCAACAAACCAUUAAAAAAUACCGAGAACUGACCUCCCAUCUCCAGGAUGUCAACCGUGAGCUGAUGAGCCAACAGGAGGCGUCGGCAGAGAGAGAACAACAACCUCCACCUGAAAUCAUCGACUUCAAAAUCAAAUUUGCAGAGACAAAGGCUCAUGCUAAGGCCAUUGAGAUGGAGCUGCGUAAGAUGGAGGUACAGCAAGCAAACCGACAUGUCUCCUUACUGACCUCAUUCAUGCCAGAUUCCUUCCUGCGGCAUGGGGGAGACCAUGACUCCAUCCUGGUCCUUCUGCUGAUUCCACGCCUCAUCUGUAAGGCAGAGUUGAUCAGUAAACAUGCUCAGGAGAAGUUUGAGCUGAAUGAGGAUUACAGCGAGCGACAAGGCCUCAGAGGGGCAGUGGGUGAACAGAUGAGCUUUGGUGCCGGCCUGGUGUAUUCACUGUCCCUGUUACAGGCCACUCUCCACAAAUAUGAACAGGCUCUGGGACAAUGCAAUGUGGAUGUUUAUAAGAAGAUUGGAGGCCUUUACCCUGAGAUGAGUGUCCAUGAAAGAUCACUGGAUUCCCUCAUCGAACUCCUGCACAAGGACCAAUUAGAUGAGACGGUCAACGUGGAGCCCCUCACGAAGGCCAUCAAAUACUAUCAGCAUCUCUACACCAUUCACCUGCUGGAACAAAGUGAGGAUUGUACUGUGCAGCUGGCUGACCACAUCAAGUUUACUCAGAGCGCUCUGGGCUGUAUGGCAGUGGAAGUGGGGAGACUGCGAUCCCUCCUACAGCCGGGACAUGAAGCUGCUGACAUCGCCAUUCUCCUGAAGGAUCUCAGCACCUCGUGCAGUGAUAUCCGGCAGUUCUGUAAGAAGGUUCGGAGACGAAUGCCCGGGACUGAUGCUCCUGGAAUUCCGGCAGCGCUGUCGUUCGGAUCACAGGUAUCAGACACGCUGUUGGAUUGCAGAAAGCACUUGACCCGUGUGGUGGCUGUGCUGCAGGAGAUGGCAGCUGCGGGAAUCCAACUCGUUGCCCCACUGCCGGAGAAUGAAGGACUGGUACCCCGGAAACUGGAGGACAUGGCAUUUAAAGCUACAGAGCAGGUAUACGGAGCACAGGCCACAAGUCCAUAUGAAUGUCUUCGUCAGUCGUGCACAGUGAUCAUCGUCACCAUGAACAAGAUGGCCACAGCAAUGCAGGAGGGAGAGUACGAUUCAGAGAAGGCAUUGAUGAAGUUGCCUCCUCCAGUUGAGCUGCGAGCUGCUGCUCUCCGGGCUGAGAUCACAGACGCGGAGGGACUGGGUCUAAAACUGGAGGAUCGUGAAACUGUCAUCAAAGAGCUGAAGAAAUCCCUGAAGAUCAAGGGUGAGGAGCUGAGUGAGGCCAGUGUGCGGCUGAGUUUGCUGGAGAAGAAACUGGAUUGUUCAUCGAAAGAGGCUGACGAUCGAGUGGAGAAAAUCCAGGUGAAGCUGCUGGAGACACAGGCCACCCUCAGGAGAAAGGAGAAGGAGUUUGAUGAGACAAUGGAUGCUCUGCAGGCCGACAUCGAUCAACUGGAAUCUGAGAAGCUGGAGCUGAAGCAGCGUCUCAGCAGCCAGUCGAAACGUACAAUCGAGGGGCUGAGGGGUUCGCCAGGCUCCGGCAUUGCUUCCAUAGUAACAGGGACAGGUUCGACUCAGAUGACAGCUGGCUCUGCUCCAAUUCAGAUCAAGGACUCGCCCUUACUCCUGCAGCACAUUGAAGCUCUCCGACACUCUGUCAAACAACUGAAGAACGACAACAACCUGCUAAAGGUACCU